CCUAUUCACACGUGACAAAAUGAAGGCAGAAACACUAAUAAUUCUCCUUUUCUUUCUCUCCUUCUCUCACUCUCUACCAACAUUCCUCCGUCAUAAAUGGCUCCAGAGAGAGAAAUACUUUCGCCACUUGUCCUCUCAAGACCUCAAACUGCCCAAAGAUCUCUGGUUUACUCAAUCACGUGAUCACUUCAGAGAAGUUGAUACGACAACCUGGCAGCAACGUUACUGGGUUAACGACAGUUUCUGGGAUAAGGAGAAUGGGCCAGUGUUCUUAAUGAUAGGAGGGGAGGGGGAGGCUGAUCCUAAGUGGGUCGUUGAGGGAGAGAUGAUGGUAUUAGCUGAGAAGUAUCAUGCAUUGGCGUUUCAGUUAGAACACAGGUUUUACGGUAAGAGUCAGCCAGGUGCUGACCUCAGCAUGGACUACAUUACGUUACUAAACAGUCGUCAAGCACUCGAGGAUUUAGCCUAUUUCCGUAUGAACAUGACCACAAAAUACAACAUGACUGACGCCAAUCGCUGGAUUGCUUUUGGUGGUUCUUAUCCAGGUGCUCUUGCAGCCUGGCUAAGGAUGAAGUAUCCUGACAUUGUGUAUGGAUCUAUUGCUUCUUCUGCCCCUAUACAAGCAAAAUUUGAUUUUUAUGAAUAUUUUGAAGUUGUUAGUGCUUCAUUGGAACAAGCAAGAAAUGGUCCUGCUUGUGUAGCAGCCAUUAAUGCUGCCUUCUCUUUAUUAAACAAAUUAAUAUUGGACAACAGCAAAUGGGCUAGCCUUGACAAGAUGUUUAAUUUAACUGUGGGUCUUACAACUCCUGAAGAUGGGAAGAUGUUAGCUAUGUCUCUUGCUGGCAUUUUUGCUGGAAUAGUUCAAUAUAACAAUGACAGCAGGGGAAGCGCUGUCUACAAUAUGAGUCUUCUUUGUGACGUCAUGACAAACGAUUCUAUAUCGGAGCCUAUCGACCGACUAGCCCAUCUCUCUCGGUCUCCUGCUCUAUUUGAUAAUGAUGUUAGUUUCCAAGACUACGUCAAGUUUCUUAGCAAUGUCACGAUUGAUCCUGCUCAAGGAGAUCGCCAGUGGACGUACCAGACCUGCGACUCAUUUGGGUACUUCCAGACCGCAGACUCGCCCCACCAGCCCUUCGGGACUUUAUUUGACACGGCUCUUUAUACCCUCAUAUGUAAUCAAGUGUUUGGGUUCACCGAGAAGGACAUACCGGUCAAUGUGAAUAACACAAACGAGUUUUAUGGCGGGCUCAAUUUCAAUAAGACAGCUGUCACUAAUAUUGUGUUUCCAAACGGCUCCAUAGAUCCUUGGCACAGUCUCAGCGUCACUGCGAAUGUCUCGGAGAGCGUCACAGCCGUCUUUAUAAAUGGCACUGCCCACUGUGCUAACAUGUAUCCAGCUAACCCGUACGAUAAACCACAGCUGGUCGCCGCUAGAAAGGAGAUUGAUGCCAUUUUAGGAUCGUGGCUUGCAAAAACUUAACUGUUUUAGAACUCUCGCUGCUACUUUUGUAUCUUUUGUAUUUUUUGAACUGCAAUCAUUAUUAUCAUUGUUGGUUGCUUCUAUACAUUUUUUCUUUUUUGUAUUAUAAUACGUUGAUCGUUA